CCGCCAUGUUGCGGCCGUUGCUGCCCGGCGCUGGGUGAGGCCUGUGCGGGCCCCGGAGGAGCUGCCUGCGCUGCUUUCAUCAUGGGGGACAUGAAAACCCCGGACUUCGAUGACCUUUUGGCUGCUUUUGACAUCCCAGACCCAACUAGCCUUGAUGCCAAGGAGACCAUACAGUCAACUAGUGAAGAGAACGAAAAUCAUUUAAAGCCAUCAGGAAUUUGUAUAGAUGAAAAUGUGUCCUUGUCCCACUCAGUACCGGCUCCUGAUACCCCUGUUGUGAGUGUUAUUGUGAAGAACACAAGUCGUCAGGAGUCCUUUGAAGCAGAGAAGGAGGGGAAUCACCUUGGAGCUGGUCUGUUACAUAAUGGGUUCCGUGGGUCUGAUCUGCCAUCAGAGGCUCACAACUUAGUGCACAGUUAUGGGAAAUUUGAUUCUGCUUUUAUUAAUGGUGAUAGUUCGAAAAACUUUUCUGAAAAAUUGGACCAAUCAAAGUCAGAACCUUUACCCACAUUCAGUCAGUUCAGCCCUAUCUCCAGCCCUGAACCGGAGGAUGCUUUCAAAGAGAACAGUAUUGAUGAUAAACCAAAACAUGCCCAAACUCCAUAUUUCCCACCAACUCCAAUGUAUAUUCCAACUGCGGCUUCAGUUCUAGAUUCACUUAGGAAGUUACCAGAGCCAGAAUUGAGUAUGUUUGAUCAAUAUUGUAAAAAAGAACAAAAGAUGGAGAUUCAUAGCCAGCAAGAAAAUAGGCUGGAAUUGAGCAGAAAAGAACAAGACAGGGUAGCAGAGAAGUUCGUAGAAUCCAGCAAAGAUCUAGUGGAUACCAACAACUUCCUUGGAGAAGGCUUGGCAUUUCGAAGCUUCCACAACAAUAACUUGAAGGAAAGCCGAGGGUCUAUGCCUGAGGUGAACUUUUCUUCAUCAAUCCCACCUCGCCAACGUCUAAAGCCAGCUCACUCAAAAUUGUCAUCUUGUGUUGCUGCAUUAGUAGCUCUUCAGGCCAAAAAAGUUGCAUGUAUUCCAAAAGAAGAUCAAACAAGUCUUACAAAAGAACCUUCUGGCCAUUUUAAAGAUGGCAUGAAAGGAAGCCCCAAAAUGCCUAAGUCACCAAAGAGCCCAAGAAGCCCCCUAGAGGUGGUAAAAAAGGCCAACAAGCAGCCCGAGAGUCCUCGGAGUGUGUGCAGUGAUAGUAGUGGAAAAGGCUCUCCCUCCAUGGCAGCUGGCUCUCCGCCGGCUAUUCCCAAAGUUAGAAUAAAAACUAUUAAGAUGUCUUCUGGUGAAAUUAAAAGAACUGUAACUAGAAUCUUGCCAGAAGCUGAAGAGUUGGGCAAAUCCCCUGAGGAGUCAUGUGCAGAAGGUUCGGCCACGGAAGAGUUUACUAAGUCCUUCCCUUCACCCGAUACUAGUGCAGUCACAGAAAAUGAGGCAAGCAAGGGUUCCAUCAAAAAUGCAGCUGCCACAGCUGUUCAAGUGUCAAAUGUUGUGAGCCCCUGUAUAGAUGAUAUGAAAACAGAGACUACUGACAACAGCACACCCAAUGUGUCUUCGUCUCCACUGCCAAACUGUGGCAGUGAUGCCAUAAAAAUAGGUAAUGUGGGUCAGCAGCCCAACAAGAGGCAGCAGCAGGGUACAGUGACGCAGCCAUCUAACCCCACCACUUCCAGCCUCCUUCCCAAGGCCGUACAUCUAGCAAAUCUCAAUUUAGUUCCACACAGUGUUGCUGCUUCUGUCACAGCAAAGUCCUCUGUGCAAAGGCGAAGUCAGCCUCAGCUAACUCAAAUGUCAGUGCCACUGGUGCAUCAAGUAAAGAAAGCUGCUCCUGUAAUUGUGGAGGAAUUUAAUAAAGUACUAAACAGUAACAAUCUUGUGCCAGUGUAUUCUCCAAACCUCAGCCCACCACCUGACAGCAAUAUUCAGUUACCUGCAUCUGGGUAUUGUUGCCUGGAAUGUGGAGAUUCAUUUGCCUUAGAAAAAAGCCUAACUCAACACUAUAGUAGGCGAAGUGUCCACAUUGAAGUAAUGUGUACUCAGUGUUCAACUCUGCUGCUGUUCUUUAACAAGUGUAGUUUGCUUAAACAUGCGAGAGAGCACAAGAGCAAAGGAUUAAUUAUGCAAUGUUCUCAGCUGUUAAUGAAACCAAUUUCCUUAGAUGAAAUGUUUUCACCUUCUCCUACAAACUCUUCAGUGUCUUUGGCCCCUCAGACUUUGCAUUUCCCAUCUCCUUCAUGUAAACCCAGUGCUACAUCAGGAAGUGGGACAGGAACCUCUAUCAACACUCACCCAGCCAUGCCUCUGUAUGCAGACCCAUUGAGACUAAUCCGUCAUGGACUAAAGUGUCUUGAAUGUAACAAGCAGGCGCAGGAUUAUGUUGCUCUAGCAGCACACUUCCAGAGAACCUCAGAAGAUAAUGAGGGACUGACUUGUCAAGUGUGCCAGAUGAUGCUGCCUAACCAGUGCUGCUACUGUGCUCAUCAAAGAAUCCAUACUCACAAGUCCCCUUACUGCUGCCCAGAGUGCGGGAUACUGUGCCGAUCAGCCCAUUUCCAAACCCAUGUCAAGGAGAAUUGCCUACAUUACUCGCGCAAAGUUGGAUACAGGUGUAUCCACUGUGGAGUUGUCUUUAUGUCGCUAGCUAUGCUGAAAGCGCACAUUCACGAGAAACACUGCGAAGUCUUCCACAAAUGUUCUUUUUGUCCAAUGGCCUUCAAAUCUGCAGACAGUACCACUGCCCAUAUUACUAGCCAGCACCCAGAAGAGCCUCACAAGACUACUCAGGUUAUCUACAAAUGUUCUUGUGAGACUGUCUUUAACAAGAAGAAGCUGCUCCAGGAGCACUUCCAACAGAAUGCCAACAAGCUGUUGGUGGGAGUAUUUAAGUGUCCGCAGUGUCAAUUAGUGUAUAUGCAGAAACAGCAAUUAAUGCAGCAUGUCAAGGCUGUUCAUGGGCUCCCCCCAUAUCCUGAGGAUGUCUCUAACCUUCGACCGAAGCCUCAGACAACAUCCAGCAACCAAGUUCUUACACCACCAAAGGAGUUGUCAGUAGCCAAUGGUACUUCCCAUACCGCUUUGCCAAGGAAGGACACAAGAGUGGAACACAACUCAGAAUCAAAACCCAUCUUAAAAAGUGUUGGUUGGACUUGUAGGGAGUGUUCACAAUGGAACCCUGAUCGGGAAAACUAUGUGUCCCAUAUGAAGAAAAUCCAUGGAAAGUCUGUGAAGAGAUAUCCCUGUCGGCAGUGUGAGCAUUCGUUCAACGACUUCAGCAGUCUGGGCAGACACAUUCGCAAUAAUCAUGACACAGCCAAGAAAGUUUACACUUGCUGGUUCUGCACAGAUGAAAAUCAGACAUUUGCUCAGCCUUCCAUGCUGGAGAAUCACAUCAGCCUCAUGCACGGCAUCAAAAACCCGGACCUGUCCCAGAUGUCCAAAGCAAAAGCUCCAGAGUGUGAUUCAACAAAAGUAAUUUACAUGGCGAAAUCUCCAAAGAGAGUGUCUACAGAUGCUCCGGGACAGAUGGCAACCACUGAAGCGCCACUAGCCAAAAAACUGAAGACACAUUGGAAAUGUGCUAAAUGUGGAUUUGCAACAGAUAUCAGUACUGAAUUUCAGGAACACAUACCUCAGCACAAGGCAGACAACUCUACUUCUCAAUGCUUGCUCUGUGGCUUGUGUUAUACAUCUCACAUCUCUCUGAACAGGCACCUCUUUAUUGUUCAUAAAGUAAAAGAUCCAGUAGAGGAAGAGGAAAGGGAAAAGUUACAAACAGAGACAAAUGAGAAUGGACAUGAAGCGUAUAACAGAGAGACGAACACUACAAUGGAGGAAGAAAAUGGUUUGAAAUGCAAAAUGUGCAAGAGUGACUCAGUGCUUUGUGCACACAGUCAGAGGUGUGGCCUGGAGGAUUCCAGUAGCAGCUCUCAGAACAAUCAUUCAAAUGCUACUAAGAUUUAA